AUGACGACCCUCUUUCAGCUCGCCCCGAUCCCUCUCACAGGAGAGCGAUCGAGCCCUUUUGCAAGUUCUUCGAAAUUACCAGAGAUCAAACCUCGUUUCGUCCUUCCGCCUUUGGACGAUCAUAUAUCCGGUACGGAGAGGCUAUUGGGUAGUCUGAGGGGUACAUCGAGGUAUGAAUUGCAGGCUCUCAGUAUAAAUUCAACUCCUACAAAACCAAAGCAACCCCUCGUACAGCUUCCUACAGAAAUCGAAGAAGUACAUGUUAAUCCGGUAGAGGAUGAGGCAGUGGAUGACAUUUGGCAGAAAGCUGUCGAAGAGCCUGAAGCUGGACCCAGUAGGCGAAAGAUUUUUGAGCCCCUCAAAACAUGGGACGAUAUCGCUUCUUCCCCAACGACCAAUUUGAGCAAUCCACCUUUUUUAUCCGAAAAAUCUACCUUCACUUUUGAUGCUCUGUUGACAUCGUUAGAGCCACCCAUUACCCUUCCCAAAUUGGGUAAACUAUCUGGAACUUCAUCCGCCGCAGUGCAUGAUUCGAAAACCCUUUUGGAAUUGUUGAUGCGUUCCACACUGGGUACGACCACCACCGAGAGCCUCAAGUGGAAUGGGAGAAAAGCGAGAUUUGUAUGGGCUGACGACGGUGGUAGGCCUAUCGGAUUCGAGAGGGUCACUGCAAAUUCGAUCAUUGAACGAUUCUUGGAGAUAGGGACUUCGAUUAGGAGGAUGGAACUGAUCAUUGAUUCUCAGAGUACUUUGCCACUUACAUCAACUCAUCAUGCUCUCUUACAUGGGUUAUCGACGUAUUUGACAUUCAUCAAAGAAAGACUGACCACGGCUAUCGAAGAGUGUACGAAAGAGUCGCAUGCGGGCUGGAACAAAUGGCUGGGAGCUACGAAAGAUGUGAGAGAGGUCGGUGAGAUGUUAUGCGAGGUCAUGUGCUGGCCCUUAUCUACUUCUGAAGCGAUUUCCCUUCCUACCAGAUCCUCUGCCCUCCUCAGCCACAUAUACACUCAUCUCCUCGCAUCAUUCGCUACUUCCUCUCCAUCUUCUUCUUCCUCGCCUUCAACACUGGCAUUAGCAUUCCUUUUCCGUCAAACUAUCGGACCGUUCCUUACUUUACUUCGAGCAUGGAUCGGUCUAUCAGACUCAUCGACCCAAGAUGAAGAUACAGAUCCCAACAGCCAACCAUGGGUGGAUCUGGGUAUAACUCGUAAGCUGAGAUCCAGCGGAUAUUGGGAGUAUACAUUCUCAUCAAGGAAAAUGCCGAGUUUUAUACCUAACUCUGAUAGACGGACGUUUUUCGAAGCUGGGAAAAACCUUAGAUUACUGAGGGAAGCUUCCGUGAACACCCACCCGCUUUGUUCGAGCAAUUGGGGUGUGGAUGUCACAUUUGACUGGGGAGAUGGAAGUGUUGACUUGACGAGCGAUAUGAAAGUCCAUUCUAAGCGAGUCAAGAAGGAAAUCGAUCACUGGCGACGAUCAACUAAAGGUCUCAGUAAAUCAUUACUUGGUUCGACAUCUUCUGCAAAAUUGCGAUCAUCUCAUGGUCGGUCUUCUCAUAAGGAAAGGAAAACUCUCACAACGGAGUUAUUUGCUCCACCUUCACCUCUAGACGAUUCAUCGCCUCAACCGACCCAGGAAAUGGAUCAAGGAGUAGGAACCUUCGAGACUGGAGUUCGUGAACUGGAUGAUCUCUGGAACCUGUUCAAUCAAUCUCCCGGAUCACACCUGAAUUCACAAAUUCAACAGAAGAUAGAUAAAACAUCGCAAAUAUGGACAUCAACUCCUUUAGAUUCGUUACAUCAUUUCUUAUCUCGUCAUUCUUCCGGAUCAGUCUUACCAUCCGAUUCUCCUACUUUACCAAUAUUUAUAUCUACCCAUUUUCUCUCACCCCUCCUGAAUCACUCGAUGAUGAUCUCAAGCUCGUUAGUUUCGUUAUAUCUUGAUGAUCUGAAUUUCUUAGAUCACCUAGAUAUACUUUACGCGUAUUUCCUAGGAGGGGAUGUGAAUUUCCUCGGAAGAGUAUCGGACUCGUUAUUUGGGAAAGACAAUGCUGGAGCAGGUGAGGCGAUGGGUUUGGGUAGAAGAGCUAGAACAAGAGUGAGACUAGGUCUAGAUCCGAUACUGAAUAAUAAUCAUCAUUCUCUGGGAGACGGAGAAAGGGGUGACUGGGGAAUAGGACUGGGUGUGGGGCUGAGUGAAAGGUCUAAAUGGCCUCCUGGAGGAUCGGAAUUGGCUUAUGCGUUAAGGACAACUCUGAUGGAUGAACGCGAUACCAGGGUGAAAGGAGGAGGGGAAGGGGGCCCAUGGGAUGAAGUUCAGGACAGAGUUAGUUUUGCGAUUAAACAGUUGGAUGAGGAAGACAAGGGCAGGAGAGCGAAAUGGUUGGAUCCUCAGGCCAUCGACGCACUGGACUUCCUAUACCUCUCGUAUUCACCUCCAUUAUCUAUUACACCCCUCCUCCCUACAUCUUUACUAUCCAAAUACCAAUCGAUUCAUAAUCUCAUACUGAGAGUAUCAAGAUGUCAAAUAGUCCUUCGAACAAUGUAUUGGCACGUCCUCCACCAAUCUGAAACUAAAGAUGAACCGACCAAAACAGGUGUAGAUUCAGGUUUCAAUCGACCUUCUUCCCGCAACUCAUUGAAGAAAAGUAGAGAAUGGGAGGUACGCACCUUGUUCCCUCCUCGAUCGAACAUUGAGAGAAAAGUACAGGUCUUGAGAUUCAGGAUGUCACAUCUCGUUAAUUCCUUUGGGGAAUACCUAGACAGUGUGAUAGGGUACAGAUGGGCUAUGAUGCGAAGAAGGUUGGAGAGGUUGAAAAGGAAAGAGAUAAUAAAUAAGGGUAGACCGAGUUCGCCUACUAGAUCGGAAAUGCAAGAUCAAGAUGAUAGCGAUGGCGAAUAUCUGUACGCGGCUGAAUAUGGAGAUGGAGACGUGGAAGAUGACGAAGAUGAAGAUGAUGAAGAUGGGAUAAUAGAAAUUAAUCAACUUAAAUCACCACAUUCAAUUAUGGUAUAUCAUCAAAUCACCUUAAACAGGAUAUUAGAUUCAUGUUUGUUAAAUCACGAGAAUUCACAAGGACAACAACUGACUUUCAAGUUGUUGAUGAGUCUUCUGAAGAUGAUUUUGGAUUUGGGUAAAGUAUUGGUUGAAGUUUCCCGCGGAGACCUGGGGUGGAUGGAUGGGAAAGAGAUGGUCGAGAGAUUGGAGGACGAAUGGGAAGAGAAAGAAAGGGUCUUUUUACAUGCUCUUGAGAGACUUUCUGUACGUACUCGAACCCACACCAAUCGAGAUCGACGGGAGGAUAGCGAAGAAGAAGAAGAAGGUGAGAAGACUGAAGAUGAUUUGCAGAUCUUACUUUCUGGAAAUCAGGAUGUAGUGAAUACUGGACGAAGAGUGAGGGGCGAAGGAGAUGAUUUGGAGGAAUUGUUACUACGUCUUAGACUUGGGUACGGAGAGGGACAAUAUAGAUAA